AUUAACAUUGAUGAUUACGAUGAUCCUGGAAAUAUCAAUAGAACUAAAAGUAUUUCGAUCAAAACUAUUGCAAAUCUUAAAAGGAGAAGUAGUAUUAGAAAGAGUUCCCUUAAACUGAAAGGUAGCAAAAGAAUUAGUCAAAUGGAAGAUGGCUCUUCAUCAAGAAAAGCAUUUGCAAUGAGUGAAACUUCACCAAGAUCAACUUCACCAAGAUCGUUUGAAAUGGGUGAGACUUCACCAAGAUCAACUUCUCCAAGAUCGUUUGAAAUGGGUGAGUCUCCAAGAUCAUUUGAAACUUCUCCAAGAAGAUCAAUUGAAACGGGUGAGACUUCAUCAAGAAAAUCAUUUGAAAUGAGUGAGGACGAUGAAAAAGAAACGACAAAUACUAGUAGAUUAGGUUUACCAGUUGUUUAUCCUGAACAUAUUGUCGAAGUGGUUCACCAAGAUUAUGUUUAUAAUGGUGAAUACGUCACUUAUGGUAAUACGUCCAAUGGUGGUAAUAUUCAAAGUAAUCCCGUGAAAGAAGACACUGAAUGA